AUUAGGGAACCCUAUCUUUCAGCGAUAAAGGACAUUUAAUUCUUUAAUUUAGUUACAUAUUUGCUGGCAUAUAAAUUUUAAGUUAUUAUUGUACGUAUUUAUUUGUCUUCCAAAGUUUGUGAUUUUGAUACCUACUAAGAAUCUGUUCCUGGACCUAGACACUUGGAAGCCCCUGACCCAACCAAUGAAAAUUACAAGAACCUCCCACACUAGCCCUACUGAUAUUGAAAUCAUAGCUAUGCUGAUAGUGGAGGUCACAAAGUUGAUGACUAUGAACAACCUUUAAUUGUGGUUGAAUAAUUUUGGGCGUAACAGCAUGUUUGCAAUACUACUUGAACUUUGCUCUGUGGUUAUGUAACUAAACCCAGACCAGUUGAUGUCCAGCACCUAGUUACACAGUACGGAGACAUUUAACAGUACAUGAUUUCUGCUUUUGUCAUGGGUGUAUCUUAACACAUUGUAAUUUUUACGACAGCAAUCUCAAGAUAUUCAAGAUGGCAGCUACCAGUAAUGUACGGCAAUUUGUUGACCAUUUGGAUGAGAAAGUGUUAGAAUGUCCACUCUGCUACAAAAGGCUCAAGGAUCCUAAAACAUUUCCCUGCCUCCACACUUAUUGUUUAUCAUGUCUCACAGAAUGGGUCAACAAGAAGAGUAAGCCGGUCUGUCCAACCUGUGGCGAAUCCUUUACUAUUCCCGAUGGUGGUCUACAAAAACUGCCUCCAAACACAUUUAUCAAUAAUCUAUUGGAAAGUAUUGAGCAACUUGAUGAUGUAGACAAGAAGAUAUGCUAUUGUGGCCAGAAUGCUGCACACUUCUACUGUCAAGAGUGCAUGCAGUACAUAUGCACUGCAUGUAAACACACUCAUGAAACCUUACCAUCACUGCUAAAUCACAAAUUACAUACAAUAAAAGAUAUUCAGUCGAUGACAAUAACACAGUUUUCUGCAUUACAUCCACCCCUCUGUCCUGCUCACAAAAAAGAAUUAGAAUUUUACUGUAAAGUUUGUAAAGUUCCCGUUUGUAUGCACUGUGCUAUCACUGAUCAUAAAGAGUGGGCUGGUAAGCAUGAAACUAUUCAUAUAUCGGAAGCAUUCAAGUUAUUCAAACAAACAUCUACAGAGUUGAAAAAAAAUGUUGAUGUCUAUAAACAAAAGAUUCAAGCUGCUCUUACUAAAGUUCACCAUAAAACUAAUCAACUUGAAUGGUGUAAUGUAUCAUGCAGAAAGGAUAUCAAUAAUUUUGUUGAGGAAAUGAUUCAAAUUAUAAGAGAGAAAGGUGAGGAACUAAACAGAAUGUUAGAUGAAGUAUACACAAAGAAGAAAAAAAUUACAGAUACACAAACAGAUGAACUCAACACUAUUAUGCUGAAUGUUGACACAAAAUGGAACUUUAUUGCUCAAUUACUAAAAAGCAAUGAAGCAACAGCUUUGCAGUCAAGCCAUAAUACAAUCAAAAGUAUACAAGAAACAAUCCAGAAAUUACCAGAAACAGAACCAAAGGAUAAUGGAGAAAUGUAUGUUAACCUCAACACAGAAUAUCAUGCAAAAACACUUAAACAGAAAGCAUUAGGUUUCAUUACUGAAACAUGUUUGGAAAUAGUUACUGCCCCCACAAUGUUGACCAAAGAACAAGCAUUUGAGUGUGAAAUAGUUCAACACAGUUCUACUAAAGUAGAUAGUAAUUUACUGAAAGCAAUUUUGACAUCUCCUGGAGAGGAAACAAAAUUGGAAACAGAGAAACAUGAUGAAGGAAAGUAUGUAGUGAAGUCAAUGUGCAGAAGUAAUGGUGUUUGGAAACUUGAUGUCAGUUUUGGUGAUGAACCAAUUAGAGGGUCUCCUUUGAUGAUCACUGUAGAGAAGCAAGGUCUGAUAAACACAAUAGAUAUAUUGCAUGGAAACAAACCCCUGGAUGUAGUAUUGGAUGAAGAUGGUUGUCUGUUAGUUGCUCUGAAGAACAAUGAAAUUUACAGGUUUAAACAAUCAGGUGAAUAUGUCAGUAAGAUAACACUACCAUCGAAAGUGCAGGUUAUAUCAAUGUACAAAAUGAAAAAGAAUGGUUUGAUAGUAUAUUCUGAUGAUGGAAAUAAAUGCAUAACAUUAUGUAAACCGAAUGGUAAAGUGAUCAAAUCAAUUGGUAAGGGAGUAUUGAAAAAUUACAAUGGUUUUAAUGUUGAUGAAAAAUUAAAUGUUGUGUAUGUUACAGACUCAAUCAAUGAAUGUGUGUUCAUGUUUAACAUGGAUACUAAUCAGAUGAUCAGAAGGAUUGGGUCAAGAGGUCACAGUGAAGGUGAAUUAUAUAAUCCAUGUGAUGUUCAUGUUACUAAUGAAGGACAUCUCAUUAUAACAGAUUGUGGUAAUCACAGAUUACAAUUAUUUGACAAUGAAGGAAAGUUCAUGAAGGUUCUUGUAGGUGAUGGUGUUAAGGAUGGUAAGGUGCAUGGUCCAGUUAGUGUUACAAUAGAUAAGGAUAAUAACAUGCUUGUAACAAGUAGGAACAAACUACAGUUAUUCAACAGUGAUGGACAUUUCAUUAAAAGAAUUGAUCAAAAAGAAGAUGGGUUAAAUGUUCCUUGUGGAUUAUCAAUUGUUUCUUAUAAUCCAAGAAGAGUUGCUGUAGCCAAUAAAUAUGGGAGAAAUAUAAAAGUAUACAAUUACUGAAAUCAUAUAUAUCACAAUUUCACUCAUCAAUCCAUCUUUAUUCUUGCUGUUUACAUAGUAACAAAAAGUAAGUUAUCUUUAGAAUACAACUCAUAAAUAACAUAAUUCAACAAAGAUUUAGAAUUUCAUAUUUUAUUAAUUCGGACCCUAUACUUUUGCCCAUCAAACCAGUCAUAUUCUUGUAUAUACAUGAUUAUAAAAAGUAAAUUAUCAACACUUAUCAACUUAAAAUAAAAGAAGAUCUUUACAUUGCUUGGGGAAAUCCAUCACUUAACAAACAAACAACUCAUUACAAUAUCACUCUCUUAUUCUAAUUCAUUCUAAUUCCUAUAUACACUAACUAUCAUUCCUGACCUCUAUAUAUAUGACUUACCUUAAUAUUUGCUUGUUUCGUCUUACAUCUGACCGGUAGUAUUUAAACCGUUAGUAGCAUAAGCAUUAUUACCUGAUGAUGACGUGGGACACGUCGAAACAUGUUGUUUAUAAGUUACAUUUACUUUAUUAGAUGCAUUACUGCAUUUAAAUUGUGUGUAAAAAAUUUGAUUACAUUAUAAAAAAGGAUUAACAAAUUAACAAUUUUAUAUUAAAUUAUUUAAAAUGAUAUAAAAAGAAUUUUUGACCUUCAAUUGAUACUACUAGGCCUAGUUUUGUUGUGAAUGAAUUAGUUCUCGGUUAAUCCACAAAUUGACUGGACUACUUCUGAAUACUUUGAAAUGAUACUUAAAACUUUAAAAGGUGCUUGAUUUUGAAAUUAUUUGUAUUUUUACACUGAUAUUAAAAUUUUACUGUUAUGUUGAUGAUUUGAAGUUUAACACGCUGGACCUUCAUUUGAUUUAUUUUGAUUCAGUUUAUAUUUGAUAUACUUGCUUUGUUGACAUUGAAUUUGAAUUGCUAUGCUAUACUUUAACAUUUACUGACAUUGAAUUUGAAUUGCUAUGCUAUACUUUAACAUUUACUUAAUACUUUCCAUAUGAGGCUUCUAUCCCAAAACCAGCGUUAGUGACUAAAGCAUUAUUUGACUUUUUAUUAUAUUAUUAUUCCCCACACUAUAGGCCUAAAAAAUAAUGGGUCGUUUUACUGCAAUCAACUUAUUAUUGCCAAAGUUAUGAGUAAACCUAUUAUGGCUUCUCUGUAUACAAUACUGUCAUAUUCCUAUGCUAAGUACUCAGUUUGAAACUAGCGACGGUGUGCUAGUUUUGGGAUGGCAGGCCUCAUAUAUUACUAGGCUUGAUUAAUUAAGAGUUUAAAAUUAAUCUUUAGUUUCAAAGACACAGCUUGAAAUUGGCAAGCAGGGGCAUGUAGCAUGGUAUUCUAUGGUUGCGUGACACCUCUGGUUCCCCAGAGACUACCAGUAGCAUUGGCGCAACCAGUGACUACAGAAUGCACAUUCCUGGGGUUGUAACUUCCUACUACUACUUGAGGGAGUUGCAACCACUACAUUGAAACGUGUUCCCAAAUUAUAGUGACCAAAUGUGUCGUCAACCUAUGUUACCUGUCCCCAUGUAUA